CAGUAAUGGGAACUUGCAUAUUUCUCUGAAAUGCAGUCUCAUUUUGCGCUUCCUUUUUGUGAGCCUUGCAUAAUAAUUUCCUUUAUGUUAGACUACCUCGUAAAUACCAAAUUAUAACGAAGAAUAAUGUUGUUUAUCUGGUAGUUGUUCUGUUUGUUUUCCGUGGAAUUCAUCUGGUGUGCUUUCCUAUUCCUGUGGUAGAGGCUAGAUCAAAGUGAACGCGCGCCCGUCAGGAACGUCACGCGCAGGGUGGGAAUCAGUCAGUGGAACAGUAGAACGGCUACGUGAGUUCCAGGAAAGUUCGAUACGCCCUUCUGACGAGUUCCCUGUUAUACUGGCAAAUUGGUUUUCUUUUAUUUUUACUUUACGGACGAGGCAACGAACUGUCAGAAAGUUACAGUCAAAAGGACGUACAGGAUGUUUUCCACAUUUCUUCUUUGUCAGAUCAUCCUCACACUCAUCUGCCAAACACUUUGUUAUGAACCCAGAGUGAAGGACUUAAAGUGUUUCAAUGACUUUGAGACAGAAAUGAAGUGCAGUUUGGAGUCUGACGGCCCCAUAAGUUGCUCUGGAUACAAACUCAAUAUCACAUAUACUGAUUUGUUAAAAGAAUAUACAUGCAUCUUUAAGAGAAGUCAUCACAGUCUCAGUUGUGAAUGUAAAGUUGAAGUACAAGGGUUUGUUUUAGAAGAGAACUUCACUACUACACUUCUGGAAGGAACAAACGUUUUAUUAAGCAAAACAUUCAUGACAGAGGAUUUCAUCAAACCGAAAACACCAGUUUUAUCAGUGCAGAAGACUGAAAAUGGAAAUUUUUAUGUAACUUGGGAUGACAAGUACAGGAAUUCUACAGGAAGUUUAAAAAACAGUUUGGAAAUACAUCUGAGCUAUAGGAUUAAAGGAAAAGAUGAAACAGUGUACAGCAAUGCGUCAAAUUCAGCGGGAUUCUAUGAUAUUGUGAGCAAACAUCUCCAGCCAAACACUGACUACAUUCUGACAGCAAGAAUGAGCACAAGCUAUAACAGACACAAGAUACUGAGUGACCAGAGCGCACCAGUUGAGUUCACCAGCCCCUCAUCUCCAAAUGAAAUGGUCAGAAAGUUGGUUCCACCUCUGUGUGUUGGUUUAAUCUUCAUCAUUUGUGCUAUGUUCAUCUGCGUUUUGAGGAUGAAGACAAAAUGGUGGGACAAGAUCUCCAAGCCAAAAGUAGAUGCCAGUUUUGGAGAGGAGAAGGGUCAUAUUUUGCCUCCUUCCAUUAUGAACUUCUCCACAAUCCAUGUAGAGAUUCCAAAACUGGAUUUUCAGGAGGAAAAGAAAUUGAUCUCAGCGACAUCAGUAGAUGCAACCAAUGAGAAAAGUUCCCACAGUGUUGAGUCGGCGGCAGACGAUUGCGGCCAGGCCGGCUUUGAUUCUGAUAGUGACGAGGAGAAUUGCAGUCCGAUCAAUGUCUCAUCACGCGUCAAACAUGCCCUGGAGGAGGAUUUCAAAUCCCUUCUUUUUACCAGCAACACACCCAGCAAUCAGGGCACUACGAUGGUAGUCAAGAGUUCCUCAAGAGAACACAACCGCGCAAACCGAGAUUUGGGCAACUGCUCUGGCUCAUUGGUUUUCAGCAACAUGACGUAUUUGGAAUCGGCCACUAAUGAUUCUUCAUUCCUGGAGCAGCUGAGCAGUCAAUCCGACAAGAGGGAAAACUCCUCUAUGAGCGCUGAUAUCAGCAAUAGCAAGUUUAACUUUCCCACUAUUGAUGCUUUGGAAGAUGGAUAUCAGUGCUUCAACAGUGUUGUGAACCAGGGAAAUGAUGCAGAUGUUAGUUUAAACCUUUCAGAUGAUGCUGAUUCUGAUGAAAAGUUCAUUGUGAAAAAUCUCAUUGCUAGUAAAAAUCCACUUUAUCCUUCUCUGUUGCUCCAUGAUGGCAGCGUCACACCUAGUGAUGAUGGAUAUCAAGCUUUUGAAGGCUUAACAAAGAGCACAGAAGGACAAUGGAGCACGAGCAUCAGAACCGAACAAGCUCCUUAUGAAUGUGGAGCGCUGAAAUUCCCCCACAGCACUGGCCAAGAUCCCACAUGGGCCUCUUCUUUGCAUUUCUCACCCAUUAUUCAAAUAGACACUUCCUAUCAGUCUGUUUAGCUGUGCUGCACACAACUGAAACUUUGAAUUAUCUCUGUAUGUAACCUUUACAGUUACAAAGAAAUAUGGCCAGUAAUAAGAUCUAUGCAAAUGUUUGUGUCAGAAAGCCUGUCCUAGGAACUAAUGUUUUAGUUGUUGUUUCCUGUACAUCCUGUUAUUAGUGACGCACACCGGUAGAAGAUGACUGUUAAUCCCAUAGACUGUAAAAAAAUAUGGACGUAGUGUCCGUUACGUCACCUGUAGAUUUCUGAAGAGCAGUUUUGAGGCGAAAAUGAGGCCGCUGCCAUCUUAGCAGCGCGUCACCGCACGUCACUCCCGGAUAACUGAAAAUGGACAAAGAGGCGGGACGUAGUUGAACUGAGGUGCCAUGGUUGCCUGAAACCAUGCCUGCCUAGCUCGACGUGACCAUGUUAGCAGGCAAAGGAGAUACUAUCUAAAAUAUUAAUAUUCGAAUGAUAUAACUUAUCUUUAUUAGUUAAUAAAGAUAAGUUAUAUCAUUAAAAAAAUAUAAAGGUUUACUGUCAAUCUACGGCGUCUUUUUUAUGAUAUGCUCCAGCACCAGUAACUUAAUUGUAAUUUGUGUCAGGUUUGCACGUGACAAAACAAAAAAUCACACGGGACUUCAUACCUUUAUAAUGAAAUAGUAAUCUCAAAUAAAUCCAAUCCGUUGCACUUGGGUAAAAUGUCCAUGAGUGUCCAUUGAAAAACAAAAAAAAACAGUACUUUUUGUCCACAAAAGCGUUAAAUCCAUGAAAUAUUAAUAUAUUAUCCAUUGUUUGCAUCACAUUUCUU